GGCCACUCCAUGGACCCAGGGAAUGGUACACAAAUUUAUGAAUUUUUUCUUCUGGGACUUUCAGAGGAAGCAGAAUUUCAGCCCCUCAUAUUUGGGUUUUUCCUCUCCAUGUACCUCAUCACUGUGUUUGGAAACCUGUUCAUCAUCCUGGCUGUCAGCUCAGACUCCCACCUCCACACACCCAUGUACUUCUUCCUCUCCAACCUGUCCUUUGUAGACAUCUGUUUCACCUCCACCACCAUCCCAAAGAUGCUGUGGAACAUUCAAGCUCAGAGCAAAGUUAUAACCUACUCAGGUUGCAUCACUCAGAUGUACUUUUUCAUACUUUUUUUAAGUUUCGAUGACAUUCUCCUUACCAUAAUGGCCUAUGACCGAUUUGUGGCCAUUUGUCACCCCCUGCACUACAUGGUCAUCAUGAACCCCCAGCUCUGUGGACUGCUGGUUCUGGUGUCUUGGAUCUUGUGUGUCCUGCAUUCCUCAUUGCAAAGCUUAAUGGUAUUACGCCUUUCCUUCUGCACACACCUGGAAAUUCCUCACUAUUUCUGCGAAAUCAAGCAGAUGGUCCAACUUGCCUGUUCUGACACAUUUCUUAAUAACAUGGUUAUGUAUUUUGCAGCUGGGCUGCUGGCUAUUGGUCCCCUGGUUGGUAUUCUCUACUCUUACUCAAAGAUAGUUAUCUCUGUACAUGGAAUUUCAUCAGCUAGGGGGAAAUAUAAAGCAUUUUCCACCUGUGGAUCACACCUCUCUCUUGUCUCUUUAUUUUAUUGCACAAUGUUAGGAGUGUAUUUCAGCUCUGCUGCUACCCACAGCUCACACUCAAGUGCAACGGCCUCAGUGAUGUAUACCGUGGUCAUACCCAUGCUGAACCCCUUCAUCUAUAGUCUGAGGAACAAAGACAUAAAGGGUGCACUGAAAAGAUUAGUUGAGAAGAGUACUAUAAAAGGGCCACUUUUCCUAGAGUAA